AUGGUCGACAGAGCACACAAGCCUUCCGCCCUCUCACCCAGUGCCACUGGCGGCCCUCAACCUACCGUCCACUCGGAUGGCAAGAAGGUCACAGCUAGCUUGCCCAGCGGCGACUCAGUUGAGGUCAUGCUGUAUGGCGCUACAGUCAUCUCAUGGAAGAACAAUGGCAAGGAGAACCUCUGGCUGAGCUCCAACGCUCACAUGGAUGGCAGCAAGGCCAUUAGAGGCGGUGUCCCUGUCGUUUUCCCGAACUUCGGUCCCGCCCCUAAGAACCACGCUACCUCGAACCUCCCUCAACACGGCUUCGCACGCAUCUCCAACUGGGAGUACCUUGGCACCACCUCUUCAGAGUCCGGCAACCAGGGCAAGGGCAGCGAUGACUCGAUCCGUCUUGACUUCGGCUUGACACCCAACAACCUCAGCGACGAGAUGAGAAAGGCAUGGUCUUACGACUUCAGCCUGCAGUACAGCGUCACUCUUUCCAAGGACGGUCUGCAGACCAUGCUCAACGUCCGCAACCAGGGCGACAAGCCUUUCGACUUCCAGACUCUCUUCCACACCUACUUUACCGUCCCUGACAUCUCCAAGGUCAAGGUCACCGGCCUGUCGGGCGUCAGAUACAUUGACAAGAUCCUCAACGCAACCGAGCACGACUCCAAGGGCAACGAGCUCCGCAUCGAAAGCACCGUCGACCGUGUCUACAAGUCCUUCCCUCAAGACACAACCUCAAUCCUCGUUGACGACAAGCCCCGUCUGGACGUCAUCAGAGACAACAUGCAAGACACUGUCAUCUGGAACCCUUGGAAGGAGGGUGCCGAAGCCAUUGCCGACUUCGAACCCAAGGACGGCUACAAGAACAUGAUCUGUGUCGAGGCUGGCGCUGUCAAUGGCUGGAUUACCCUCGAAGCUCAGGACGGCUUUGAGGCUGGUCAGGCACUUAAGAGCCACCUGUAG